AGGAACUUGUUGCAGUCUUUGGCGUAGUGCAAUUUCAGUUUGAAGCCUACGGUAUGCGUGCAGAUGGAGAAACUGGAAAGGAAUCGGAUUGUUUUCUCACUUCUGCGGGAGAAGGCGAUCAUCCCGCGGACAGUAAGGAGAAGGAGCUACUGUACUGUACAUGUGGAAGUGGGUGUGAACACAUCUCUGAACAGUGAGCAGAGCUGGCGGAUUCCAAGCGUCCAGGGAUUCUUAAACAUUAACCAGCUGCCAUACUCUUCACGCUCCUCGGGUUCAAGUGUCGGAAUAAAAAGGCGCUGUGGGGAGCUUCACCUCUUUGCGGGUGUUAGCAGAGACAGAUCCAGGACAAAAACAUAAUAUGGUCUAUGGUCUUCUGCAUUUUUUACACCAUGUGGACAGACCCAGGACUUCAGUAAUGGAGACUACAUCUGUUCUUUCCCUCAUAGACAAUUCCUUCAAUGGCACUUGGAAAAAACAGUCAGAUGCUGAAGAAAGAAGACUGAACAACUCAAGUGUCACUUUCCACAACCACAUAAAUGAUGCCUUGCUUGGACUGGUUCUUGGAACUGUGUCGUUGUUGACUGUGAUAAUGAACAUCUUAGUCCUUUACGCUGUCAAGAAGGAGAGAACGCUGCACACAGUUGGGAACCUCUAUAUUGUUAGCUUGUCUGUAGCAGAUCUUAUUGUGGGUGCUACUGUGAUGCCCCUCAGCAUUGUGUAUUUGCUGGAGAAAGAGUGGAGACUAGGCAACAUGGUUUGCCAGUUUUGGUUAGUCAUGGAUUAUGUAGCCAGUACAGCUUCCAUCUUCAGCCUCUUUAUUUUGUGUGUGGAUCGGUAUCGCUCUGUGAGGCAGCCACUUAGAUAUCUCAAAUAUCGGACCCGGGCCAGGGCCAGUGUUAUGAUAUCAGGGGCCUGGCUUUUGUCAAUGACAUGGGUCAUACCCAUAUUGGGAUGGCGGACCUUUUCUGACGUCGAUCCACAGCCCGAAACGGAAAACAAAUGCGACACGGAUUUUCGAUUUGUUACCUGGUUUAAAGUCCUUACUGCAGUUUUGAACUUCUACGUUCCCUCCGUGCUGAUGCUGUGGUUUUACGCACAGAUAUAUAUGGCAGUGAGAAAGCAUUAUCGGCAAAGGGAGAUCAUCAAGGAGUCGAAGCCCUCUUCUUACAACAGGAAUUGUUUCGCUAACAAUUGUAAAAUAUCUGGGAAGAGGCGUAAGACUGAUGUAGUCAGACAGGAAGAGAGUGCUCCUCAGGAAUCUUCCCACUUUGAGGGUUUGAUUGAUCAGUACAGCCUCGGACAGCAAUACUACCCAAAAGACAUAAAUGAGGGUAUAGAGACCUGGGUUGAGAAAAACACAACUAACUGCUGCUACCAGGCUGCUUUAUUCACUAUCCCCAAACAUCAAAAGCAGCUGCAAGAAGACAUGUUCCUGACAGAUAAAGAAAAGCACCCGCUUGCUUCUCUUGGUACACAGGGGGACACAAAUGAACAGCAUCUGGCCAUGGGUCCUGAGACACCUUUGAAGGUGGCCUGCUUGCCUCUGGGCAUUCUGCAAUCAGAGAAUGAAGAUGUCAAUGCAAUGUUUGUGUCAGUCAGUGACUGUAAUUUAAUUGUGCCCAACUCUGUCGCUGGCGUCUGCGAGAUAACAGACAUUUCUGAUGUUCAGAGGUUUGCCACAGUCCUGUGUAAAGAUGAGUUCUCACAUCCUGAGCCUCCAUCGUGGUCUCACAGCAGUAGCCCCAAGGUAGAUACUGCCAGCGUGAAUAACCUGAAGCAGUCUUGGCAAAAGUUCUGCUCCCAGUCCAAACAGUAUGUUCAGAGCCUUCGCAUCAGUAAGGAACGAAAAGCUGCAAAACAGUUGGGCUUUAUCAUCGCAGGUUUUAUGGUGUGUUGGAUCCCUUACUUUGUAACAUUUAUGGUAAUGGCCUUUUGUAAAACGUGUGUUCAUCAUGAUCUGCAUAUGUUCACCAUCUGGCUAGGAUAUAUCAACUCCACAUUAAAUCCUUUCAUUUAUCCCCUCUGCAAUGAAAAUUUCAAAAAAAUCUUUAAAAAUAUACUCCAUAUUAAUUCCUAAUAGUUUAAAGGAUUUUUUCCACGUACCACUGGAUGUGCAUUAUCAUGUUUGAUAUUACGAUAGUUCAUAUCAAAUCAACCCAAACCUCCCUACAAGUCCUUUCAAUUUCUCUUGAAAUUACCCUCUGUAAUUCUCAGAUCAUUUCCAAAACAUCUUAAAUGACAAAGGAAUCAGGACUGUUUCAGCAUUCUGAAUGUAAAAGGAAACUAUUUCAGGACUAAUAGCAAUACAUAUUUUUUUCAAUUUUACUAUUCUGAAAUGAGGAACCUAUUUUACGCAAUUCAGAUGUUUCUGUGUAAAAAUAAUCAUGCUAAUUAAAGUCUUUCUCCAAAAGAAAGUUCCUUCAACAAUGUGUGUGAGACCUACGGUGGUGGGUCUUGUUCUUGUUGUGCAGUACAAUGACAUCUUCCCCAUGUGUUCACAAAAGAUUAAAAGAGCAUAAAGACUUUCAUUGCCUUAGAUUAGUACUAUCAACUUAGUCAUCACCCUAAAAUAACCUCUGGAAAACAUUUUUACUUAUUAGCAUUUCAAUGAGCUUCUAUUCCAGUCUGAAAGAGGCCUUCUUGCUAUUCAAGUUAGUGUUUAUGUGAAAAGUAUUCAUCCAUGUUUUGAAAGCAAAUCUUAGAUCACAGACCUUUUAUGUCGAAAACAGGUACCACAGUUUCUGCUAUUGAUGUUGACAGCAUGAAACAUAGUGGCCUUUUACAUUUCCACACAGAAAGAAUUGUAUAGUAUUGCUCCUAGUGUUAUGUGCGUCAUUUUGAAAUAAUUUAUUUUGUAAUUCGAUGUUAAAGGUGAUAGUCAUUUAAUCACUAAUCAAUAAAUCCUUGUAUUCAUUAUCUUAAAGAAAUAUUUUAUUUUUAGAUUUAUGAAUGAACAAGCUGCCCUGCCAUUUAAAAAUUAAAACAUACUGUACCAAUUAAAGGCUAUUUGAUUGGAAAUUUACUGGAAUCCUAAUUUCUCUCAAACCAAAGAACUAUAUAAAGAAGGACUAGUGAUUCAUUUGUUUGUUUCAGUAUUCUCAGUAUGUAAAUAUUUUUUUUUCCUUCUCCUUGUAGGCAACACUGGACAUUGGAUAUACUGUAUAUGAAGCAAAUCUUUUGUAUUUUCCAAUAACUAUCUUAUAUUCAUUACAGAACAGACAAAUGUU